CAAUGAACCCAAGUAUAUCCACAUCACUUCUAAAUUCUAGUAACAUUAUAUUUUAUUCAAAGGAUUCAAAUCUUCAUCGUGACGGCAAUGAAAAGAAGCAGAGAUUACAAUGGUGAAGUGGAAGCACAAGCCAUGGCUAACUGCUUAAUCCUUCUAUCAUCCAAAGAUAAAGAUCGUCGUAAUUCAUUUGAAUGCAAGACGUGCAAAAAACGAUUCUCAUCUUUUCAAGCACUUGGUGGCCACCGAGCGAGUCAUAAAUCUCUGAAAUCAUCGAUAGACUCUGGAAAGUUUCUUCAUGGCAAUAACAACAGCAAAUUAUUAUCCCAAAAACGUAAGGUAGUGCAUGAAUGCUCAAUUUGUGGGAUGGAGUUUUCUAUGGGCCAGGCUUUAGGUGGACAUAUGAGACGUCACCGUGCCACCAUGAAUGAAAUUGAAGGAGUACCAGUUUUCAAGAAGUCGAAUAGUAGCAAGAGAAUAUUAUGCGUGGAUCUUAAUUUAACUCCUGAUGAGAAUGAUGAUUUCCAGUUAUGGCCCACCGCACCUGCUCCUGUUUUGCGAUGCUUUAUCUAAUUUUCCCUCGACUUCCAUUGAUAUAGAUUGGCUUAUAAAUUGCUUAUAAGCUGUUUUCAGUUU